UGCUGCUGCUCGGUGGCUUGUUCUGCAUCAAGAAGAGCGGCUCUAAUGGACUCUUCCUGAGCGCACCGAGUGUCCGCCCGGAUUUUUGCUUUGCAGAAACUUUUUUUUUCUUCUUCUUUUUUCCGAUCAGAGGAGUUUGCUGGGACUGAAUUCACUUCUAGUGGACUCCGCGCUCUUCCCUCGGACCUUUGGUCUCCGCUUUGAGGAAUCUGUUUACGGUAGUUUUCUGAACUCCUGCGCGCAUUUGCAGUGAGCAGAAGAGGCGAGAGGAGGGAGAGAGAGAGGAGGGGGGUUCACAAAAGGCUAUUUUUGUCCCCCUCUUUCCUCGGAUAGAUGUAGCAGAGGUGCGGGACACACAGCGGGCGAGGCUGCUGCGCCUUCGUGGCACCGCGGUGGCGCUGGAGCUGUGCGACAGAUUCUGCAAUGAGGAGCGUUUCAUUUUAAAGCCCGCAGCGGGGGAAGCAGUCAGCUCGGGGGCCAUGGCUUUAGUCCGUCUCGGUUUGUGAGAAGGAAGAUCUGUGUGCACUGCAAGUGUCGGCGUGAAGAGCAUGCAGUGACAGCCAUGCCGGUGGAAAUGGAGAAGACUGUCACCAAACUGAUGUACGACUUCCAGAGGAACUCGACCUCGGACGACGACUCGGGCUGCGCCCUGGAGGAGUACGCCUGGGUGCCGCCGGGACUCAAGCCGGAGCAGGUUCAUCACUACUACAGCUCCCUGCCCGAGGACAAGGUGCCCUACGUGAACAGCCCAGGAGAGAAGUACCGCAUCAAGCAGCUGCUCCACCAGCUCCCGCCUCACGACAAUGAGGUACGCUACUGCAACAGCCUGGACGACGAGGAGAAGCGAGAGCUCAAGCUCUUCAGCAACCAACGGAAACGGGAGAACCUGGGCCGCGGCAACGUGCGUCCGUUCCCCGUCACGAUGAUGGGGGCCAUCUGCGAGCAGUGUGGAGGCCAGAUAAACGGCGGCGACAUCGCUGUGUUCACAUCUCGAGCCGGCCACGGUGUGUGUUGGCACCCCGCCUGCUUCGUGUGCAGCACGUGCAAGGAGCUCCUGGUGGACCUCAUCUACUUCUACCAGGACGGGAAGAUCUACUGCGGCCGGCACCACGCCGAGAGACUGAAGCCGCGCUGCACGGCCUGCGACGAGAUCAUCUUUGCGGACGAGUGCACCGAGGCAGAGGGCCGCCACUGGCACAUGAAGCACUUCUGCUGCUUUGAGUGUGAAACGGUCCUGGGCGGCCAGCGGUACAUCAUGAAGGAGGGACGGCCCUACUGCUGCUCCUGCUUCGAGUCGCUCUACGCCGAGUACUGCGACUCGUGUGGGGAGCACAUCGGAAUCGAUCAGGGUCAGAUGACGUACGACGGGCAGCACUGGCACGCCACCGAAGGCUGCUUCUGCUGCGCCCGCUGCAAACGCUCCCUGCUCGGUCGGCCUUUCCUGCCCAAGCAGGGGCAGAUCUUCUGCUCGCGCUCCUGCAGCUUGGGAGAAGAACCCAAUGGUUCGGAUUCCUCCGACUCGGCCUUCCAAAGCGCUCGCUCCACCAGGGAGUCCAGGCGCAGCACCAAGACGUCAAAGAGCGGCGGUGGGGCGCCGCCGGAGAGGCACUCUGGCGAGGUGGACCCUCUGUCUUUACAAAUGGACCUGCUCAGUCUCUCCAGCCAGACGCCCAGUUUGACUCGCGAGCCGCCCUCCUGGCAGAACCAGGAGCAAGCCGGCUACGGCUACGAGCCGCAACCCGACCCGACAGCCGAGCCCACCCCUCUCCAGAUCCUCAGCCAGUGCAACGUAAGGAGCUCCUACAGCGCCACCUCCCCCGGACAGAGUAACCAGCAGCACAAUCACAGGAUCAGUGAGAACGCUGGUGGGAAGCGGCCCCCCGUCUCCGCCAUGAAGGGCCAGUCCUUCAACGAGAGCUGGCUCCAGCCGCCAGCUCCGGAGGAGUACUACCCACCCAAACUGAGGACCCAGAAGAGCAUCGCCGAAGUGCAACACAACGGAUUUUCCUCGGACAAGCGCUCCAUCAGUUUGCACGGGUUUCAGAGGGACAGAGACGGAGGGGCUCAGACGACUGCUCAGGUGGCAAGGAGCAGGAAUCCCAUUAAUGCACUUAGCUUCACAGAACAGCUGACCCCACUGGAGCAGACCCCGAGAGGCUCCAUGGAGUCCCUGGCUUUGUCCAAUGCUACAGGUAACUCGGCUGACGGCGGAGGAAAGAGUCGGGACAACCUCUCCCGUUUCUCCAUGCCCGACCUGAGCAAAGACUCGGGAAUGAAUGUGUCAGAGAAAAGCAACAUGGACACCCUGAACUCGUCCGUGCAGUUCCGUAGCUCUGAGUCCAUUCACAGCCUCAACGCCAGCCAGCCGUACCUGGAGAUGAACCCGCCCAGGUCUUCCCAGUACCAGAUGCAGUAUUGCGACCCCUCAGGAAUGAGAGUUAGUGCUGCAGUGACUCAUUUACCUCCUGCCUUCACCUACCAGGAGGAGGACAGGAUGGUCAGCAGCGCCAACGCCGCGCGCCUGCCGCCCAUCAGCGAAUGCAGAGUGAGCGGCGUCGGCGUACGGGGAGCAAGCGUCCGGACAGACGCAGCUGAAGACACCCCUCAGAAGCGUCGGCAUCACCAUCACCGCCAGCGGCGAUCCCGCCGCUCUCGGUCUGAAAACGCUCUGAACUUGGUGGCCGAUCGCAGGGCGAGACCCCAAGACAGACCCCAGCUGAGCGUGCGGGAAGACUAUGAUCGCUUCCCACCGCCCAGGAGCGCUGCGAGCCAGUUUGGCCCCGGAGGACGGGGACGAUACCAAGCCCAACUCUUCAGGCAGUGCCCCCGGACCACUUCAGACCUUUGUCUGCAGAACCCCGCAGCCAACAGGCGCACUGGAUUGAGCCAGUACUCCUGGGACGAGUACUACGACGACGACUGGUGCUCCACUUGCUCUUCAUCCUCUGAAUCCGAGGACGAGGGCUACUUCCUGGGCGAGCCCAUCCCCAGGCCCAUUCAGCUGCGCUACAUCAACAACCAGGAGAUGGUUCACAAGUACAACAAUGCAGGAAUCGGAGGACCCAACCGCAGCGGGCAGCUGCACAUGCGCAAACGCAGGAAAAGCAAGAACUGCAUUAUUUCUUAACAUCCGGACCUUUUCUACGGGACACCUCUUUUUUGUUUAGCUUGGGUACGCUAACGUCCUCUAUUGGGAACAAAGAAAAGUUGUGUUUUUGAGUGCGAGUUAUCAAAUAGUUGAAAGUCGGCAAUGAAUCAAAGCUGGCAAACCAUGGAACGGCAGUAAUGUUUGCGUGGUUGUUCAUUUUAGUAUUUCAUAUUUCCAUGUGCGGUUUUAUACGUGUUUAUCAAAAGCUGAUGUGCAAUUUCUCUUAAACAUCGUUUUCUUUCUUUGCUGCAAGGAGGAACGUAAUAUAGUCCGUUUGGUACAGUUUUAUGUUUUCAGUCAGUGUGACCUACUAGAUAUAGGAUGGAUCUAAUGUUCUGCUAAAGUUCAUAACCUGUACAUAGAUAAAUGGAGUAUUAAUUUCACCUAAAUUAAAAAAAAAAGUCACUGUACAUAUGAUUGUAAAUGUGGGCCCAUAUUUUUAUAUUUUGUAAAGACGGAAUGAGGUAGAUAUCUAUAAUGUAGAGCUGGAGAGUGACAAAAACAACUCAUGCAUGUGCUGUCUGGCUGACUUGGUGCUGCAUUUGGAAUAAAGGAGUAUUUCAGAACAACACGUUGGUGAUUGAGUGUGCAAAAUAUCUCCACUCUCAGUCCGUGGAACGCGUAAAAUGACUGACGUUGUGGCGUGGGGGAUGAUUGGAGUCACCCUCCACUGGAUCGUCAGCUGGUGAUGGGUGCAGUCACAGUCCGACACACUCUGCCCAUUGUCCUGCUAAGAAACGGGAGAUUAUUGCAUCAACCUCGGUGAGACGAAAAAAUGUUAACUAAAGGUCUCAGUUAUUAAAACCAGGUGAUGUUUUUUUUUUUUUGUUUUUUUUCCUUUUUAAAUCUGUUUUUGGGGCAGUCAGACAUUCCUUUCGCCUGUAUUGGUUUAUUGGUUUGUUUUGUUCAGUGACAUGCUAAUGUAAUAUUCCUGUCUGUCUGCGCUCUACUUUUAGACCUGGGAUUUGAAAGUCCGGUCUUCCUUGGCCGAUGUCUUGCAACAUUUAGAUGCGUGUCUGUUUGGAGACACUUGAAUCAAAUAACAAUACUGUUAGCACAUUCUUUAGACUUCAUGCUAACACUCUGGUGCGAUGCACCAGGGAGAUAUCUGAAAGUUGAAUUAUUUUGUGCCCCGUACCAGAUUUAGUCGCUCAAGAAUGGGAUUUUAGCUAACACAAAGUCCUAAUCUCAAAAUUAGCUAAAAUCAGUGACAUGCAUAUGUAAUAAAAUGACACGGUGCAUUUUACCAGUAUUAAGUCCCUCAUGAAUGAUGUUCAGAUUGCUGCAUUAUAUGUUUUUUGUUUUGUUUUUCCUGGGUUGCAGGGGUUUGGACAUGUUUUGUCCCGACAGAAGUUUUCCCAGGGCAGGCCUACUGUACGGUUUUUAAUUGUAUAUUUGACUCUACAUGUACAGUCUUCAAUAAACUCGUUUGAUUUCUGCUGAA